GUAGACCACAUCAAUCACGGGGUAGGCUAAUAACACUGCGCUUGGAGAAAAAGAGGUCUCACAGACCUACGAGGCGUGGACCCCGAUGUACAUUCCGGAGGCGUUGAGCACUAGGAACUGACUGGAUCAAUUCCAAUACUAUACGGUUAAUGAGACCAUCUCGAAUAUCACAUUGUUGAUGAACAUCUGAAUAAUUCCAUAGACGACAGUCAUUGAAACAAAACUGUGAUCAAAUUAUGCGUCAUCAUUAAAUGUCUUAUAGAUAGUUGUUUAGAGCGCUUGAAGGAAGACACGAUGGGAAAUAAAGCAGCAAAAUUAUCAAAGGAGGACUUGAAAGAACUGCUGAGUAAGACCUCGUUCACGGAUAAGCAGAUCAAAGACUGGUACAAAGGUUUCAUAAAGGAUUGCCCUUCAGGUGAGCUAAGCAGGGCCAAAUUCCUUGACAUGUACCAAGAACUCUUCCCAGAUGGACGUGCGAAAAGCUUUUACCAACACGUCUUUCGAACGUUUGAUGCCGACGACAGUGGAAACAUUGACUUCAAAGAGUUUCUAUUGGCAAUCAGCAUAACCCAAUCAGGUAACCCAGAACAGAAGCUAGACUUGGCUUUUAAGCUCUAUGAUAUUGACCGCAAUGGCAUGAUAGAAGAGGACGAGAUGUGUGAAAUUAUCAAAGCUAUUUACCUGAUGGUUGAGGACGACCCCAAAAAGGCUGACCAGGGCCCGACCUUGAGAACCCAACAUAUAUUCCACCAAAUGGACUUAAACAGAGAUGGCAAACUAUCCAAGGAGGAGUUUGUCAAAGGCUGCUUGAAUGAUAAAGAUUUAUUCCAACUAUUGACAUGUUCUAAUGAUCAACAACAACAAUCUAAAAGUGUGAACAAUGUUAAUGGUAAUGAUGACGAGGAUGAUGAUGACGAGGAGUAGGAUCAAACAUCACUUUUACUUGAUCUCCUCAAUCAUUCAUUCACGUUGUCACACAUAAACAGACAUUGUGAAAAUAUGAUAGAAAAUUUGAUUGGAGAGUAGAUGGGGAAGAACACAGUAUUGGAAUUUCAAUGUUGGCGUUACAUUCAAAAGAAGAAGGGGAGUUUAAUUGGAACUUCACCUUCUGUGACAGUGCAACUUACAAUAUGGGCAGUGAAUUCAAAGAGUACCAACUACCAAUUCUACAACAAGAAAUUCAUUGAGUACUAAUAGACAUUACAGGAGGAAAAUGUCUUGGUGCUGACAUUAGAAAGGGGAAUUCCUUGAGUGCAAACCCUACAGGAGGAAAAUUAUUUCAGUACCGAGAAAUCCUUGUAUUUACACUGCAAGAGAGGAAUAACUUUGAGUAUUGACCCUACAGCAUUUUCAACCUCCAUUGCAGCUUUUGUAAAUAUUUCUGUAAAGAUAUUUAAAAUACACAAAACAAUUUGUCUUUGUGCAUAAUGAGAGGAUUUGUUCAAGAGAUGUUUUUGUUGUAAAGGACUUGUGUUAACAUACAUAGAAAUGCUAUAAAUAAAAUAUUCCAAACUAGAGUAGACAUCUUCUUUUUUAGCAAUUUCUCAGUGUUUUCUUUAUAAUCUGGGAUUUCAAAGGAAUACUUUACUCAACAUGAUUUCAAAUGAAUGUUCAAAGGAAUAUGUACAAUUACUCAAUGUGUUUUGUAGAUCCAAAAAUAAAUAUUGUUCAAAGGGAUACAUUUACUCAACAUGUAAUACAAAUCCAAAAUAAACAUUGUUCAAAGGGAUACAUUUACUCAACAUGUAAUA